GAGGCGGCUCGGAGCAGCCGGGCCGGGAAGGGCGCUCGCCGCCGCCGCGGCUGGGCUGUUCCGGCGCUGCCGCCGCGCUCUGGGGAGCAAAACUGCGGGAGCCGCUGCCGUUGCUGCUGACUUACUGGCUAUGCUUCAGUGGUGAGUGACUGAAUUUAAGUCUUCUCUGCAUUGCACUGGUAGUAGUAAUGUGACGUUUCAUGAGCACCUGUGAAGUCCUGUAGCAGGAAGGAACUGCCAUGCCUCUAGGAAUCUUCCGGGUAUGCCUAGUGGUGAUUACAGCUAUCGUCAACCACCCGCUCCUCUUUCCUAAAGAGAAUGGCACUGUCCUCGAGAACACGGAAGAAAUCAUCCAGAAGAUGAAGGAGCGAGAGGAGAGCCUUCGACUGGAGCAGUUGCGCUUGGAGCAGGAAAUUGCAGGGCAUGAAGCCAGGCAGAAGGCUCUGGAAAAGGUUGUAAAGGUAGAGGAGGAAAGCAAAGAGGAAAAGGUCCCGUGGGAUAUGUGGACUGCAAUUUCCAUGGUCAUAUUCCUGCUGAUCGAGCUCUGGAGGCAGGAUUUCCAAGAAGGGAAUUGGCAGGACACAGGAGGUGAAGAGGAUGAUAUGGCAGUCCUGGGGAACGCAUUUAAAGGAGUGACCUUCCCUGACAAGGCUGUCUUGGCCAGCUUCUAUGAGAAGCGCAUCCUGGGUACCACCGGAGACAUGGCGAGGAUGCGGGAGAUGGUGGAAGGCUUUGCAGAUGACUUGCUGGAGGCCUUGAGGAGUGUUUGUAACCGGGAUGCUGACAUGGAAGUGGAGGACUGCAUGGGUGUGGGGAGCAUGUAUGAGAAUUGGAGAGUGCGUAAACCUUUCGUCUGUGAUCUGAUAGUGCCUUUUGCCCCACCAGAGCCAUACUGUUUCCGGUCCCAGACCUGGUGCUCUGGCGAUUCUUUUCCCCCAGAUGAACAAGGCUAUGGCACUAUCAAGGUCUGCAGGGCAGAUGAAGGUAUGGCAGGCUGCAUCUGUGACAAGACUAAACUAGGGGAAGAUAUGCUGUGUCUCCUCCAUAGCCAAGCCAAUACUACCAGGCCCAGCAGUGAGAUGGAAGACCUUCUGUGCUUCAAAAAUACUCAAUAUUUGGAUGCGGACCAAGUCAUGAAGUGGUUCCAGAUCGCGGUCACCAAGGCCUGGAACAGAAUCUCCCACAAGUACGAAUUCGACCUUUCCUUCAGCCUCCUGGAUUCCCCAGGGGCCCUGAAGAUAAAAUUUAGGUCAGGGAAAUCAAUUGCCUUCAACCUCACCCCUGUGGUGCAGUACGAGAAUUCUGAUGUUUACUUCAUCUCUCACUUCCCUCGGAGUGGUCUGGCAGCAGACUUGCCCUCCAGCACUCACUGGUUUCUCACCUUCGCAGUAUACGAGAGGAGGUUCAUCCAGCUGGUCUCCAAAACACUGCCUGCCAAUGCCUGCCAUGUCAGCUGCCUUCAGAUCCUCUCCUUCCUCCACGGGAAGCAGUGCAGCUUCACAGGCCCAAGUGGACUCACCAACUACCACCUGAAGACCGUGCUGCUGCAUCUGCUACUGGUGCGUCCCUGUCAGGACUGGGCCCCAGAGAAGUUGGAGGCCCGUCUGCAAGACAUGUUCAAAUUCCUGGAGAAAUGCUUGCAUGAAAAGAAACUCUGCCACUUCUUCAUUGGCAACAGAAAGGUACCAGCAGAGCUGGGUUUCCCCAUCAUAUUCCAGAGGGCUGAACCUCUCAACCUUUUCCGUCCCUUUGUGUUAAACAGGGAUGUUUACAGGAAAACAGUGGACACAUUCCAUGAGAUGCUCAGGAACACAUCUGCGCUGAUAAAUGAGUACACAGUGCACAUUCCCCUAGCACACACAAAUGGGAUCCUUAAAGAAUCCCUUUAACCAAAACCAGCAGGAAAACACUUGUUCCUCUAAUCACAAGUCACUAGGGCAGCUUUUCAAAGCCUCCUGGAGUCAACUGACGUUGCCAGUAGAGCUUGUUGUCUGGAGCUGAAGCUGUCCUGGGCCGUGGUUUCUGCAGUAUGGGAGAGGGAUAUGGGUAAGAAAAGGAGAAACUGGAAGAUGUGGUGUAAAAGCGAGCCUCUGCUCCACUGGUGUGCUGGCUGGGUUUUAUGCAGCUAAGAAUAUAUUUUUCUAUUUUGCCUCAGUCAUGACACAGUGGUAAUGAGCAACCCGUAUGACUAAUUUAUUCAGAUGCCUGCAAUGCAAAACAGUGGAGGUAGCCAAAACUUCAUUUCCUUUGGAAAGGAGAGAUAAGAAAAGGGUGGAGGAAUCAAAGAAAGGAUUUGGGGACUGCGGCAGCCUGUCUGUUUGCAAACAGCAGGAGCUCUGCAGCUCUCUGCAACAAAGCAUAACAUGAAACUCAAUGCUAGUGUAGAAGGAGAGUCACUGCUGAGGUCCCAUGUGCAGAUCUCAACUGGAGAUCUUUAAAUCAACUAGAGUUCUUUAAUUGCAAGGGCUCUGCAGUUGUAGAAAAGCCUGCUUGAUAGGCUACUACUGCAGCAGUAGUUUUAAAAGCUUGUCCUGUCCUUCAAAACACCUGUCUCCUGCACCCUGCACAUUUCUUCUCCAUAGUGGUGGUGGUGGGGGAAAUGUAGCAGAACAGGCAGUCUGUUUCUUCAGACCAUUUCAUCUAAGUCUUUCAUUUCCUUCAUGGUGUGAUGGCUAGUGGGAUUUCAUUUUGGCUGUUUUCCACGGCCACCUUAGCUAAAAGAAUGAAACGCUCUUGUUGGCUUUUUGGUUUGUUUGUCUUCCUUAUCCCUGGGCAGCAAGUCUGAGAACCAGCAGGGUUUUAAUAAGGUCAAAGCCAGCAAGAUGACUCUAAGUUGGGAAGAGGGGAUGAAAGAGGUACACACAGAGCACAGCUUAGAAACACUAUCUCUACAGCUGCAUUGUGGUCUGUCUGUCAUGCCUUCUGCUCCCAGGAACCCAGGCAAAAGCAGCCUGUCUGCCUCCCUGUAGGAUUUCCUCCGUCCUUCUUAACACUGCUGCUCCAAUGAGGUUCUCUGUCAGAAGCCCCAGCUAGUGGACUGUGAUUUGCUGAGACCAGAGUACAAUGGGGAAAUGACAGCUUCUGGAGGCUUUCAGGAUGGAGAAUCUCAGGGUAUUUGCUAAAAAAAUGUGUGCAGAAAUCUCCAAGGCAGAGGUGGCUGAACUCCCUCAGGAAGCAGCAUGUUACUGCGGUGUCAAGAGGUUACUGAGCCCUGGCACAGUGGCUUUUUUUGGAGCAGAGUGCCCAGUAGCUCAUCUCCUUUACGUACUUUGUGCAGGGUUCAAAACAGGGUGUCUCUAGAUCUGCCUUUGGAAGUCCCCUGAGGCAUGGCCUCCUGUGGUAAGGCCUUAUCUACAACAUUCUUAAACUAGGAUUUCCUGCAAUGUUCCUGCACUAGGCUUCUCUGAAUCCUGUUUACAAAUGGACAGUUGUUCUGGUUGAUGAGACCCACAAGGUGAGCAGAAAAUGAGGACUAGGGAAGCAAAAUGAGAGCUGAGGCUGCUGGCUUAUCCCACUAGGAAAUAGUCUUGAAUCAUCAGCCCAGUGUUUGCUUCAGCAUCCUUGGUGAUCUCUGCCUGGGAGACUGCCAGGGCUGGCAGAGCAACAGGACAGACCUAAUUGCUAACGCUAACCAGAAAGCCCCUGGCUUUCAUCAGCACAACUAAGCAAGCCUUCCACAGCAGGAAAGGGCACAGGAACAAUUUCAAGGGACGCAACAAGCAGGUAGCGACAAGUAAAGGCGCAGGAACAGUGGGUGAAUACUGGAGCCUGAAGGCUACGUUGGAAGCCGAGUAGCAUGUUUGCAAACUCAAGCAAUUUGCCAUGCCUACCUGCUCAAGUUAUACUCUGCAGCAGCUGUACCAGAUCCAGUUUUGCACAGGCUGCCUGCAGACGGGUCACACUGAAGCAGUUGUGGUCUAAGUUGCUUCUAAAUGUAUUCCUGGUGCAGCCCAGGAGAAAUGAAAAAUUCUCUGCCGUUUCCUGCCAGGAGUCUAAAUUUAGCUUGCCCAAAGAACAGAAACAAAUUCGUGACCCAGGUCUCUCAGGAAAUGACACUCAGGGUUGAAAAAUAACUUCUAUAUAAGAUAGAGUAGGGGGAGGAUGAGAAGAAAAGCCUGUUUAACAGAAUAAUCUAACUUCCCUCUUAAAAUGGUAGAGCAAAGCUGUGUAACACCAGUGCUGUGAGUUUGUAAACAUGCCUAAACUUGACUUACACAACUCCACGCACUGCUGCUUAGACUCAAAGGGAGCCUAAACUGAAAAAUGGAUUGAAUUUUGGAUUGACGUGGUUGUUUUUCAUUUUCUCUGUGUGUGCAUGUUUUCUCUUAAACCUAACUUGACCCCAUGUUCGUAUGGUGUUUGGCUGAAUCCAUACUGGAGCUGAACCAAGGAAUUUAUGGAUUUGACUCCCCAGAAAGCAAAUUGCUUGGCUUAAUUUGCUUUCAGGCAAUAUGUUUACUUUGCCCUGAGGCUCUUUUAAGAGAUUUUUUCUGUGCAUUCAGGCUAUAAUGGAACCAAUCAUAUCUGUCUGGUGGGGAGAAGUGCUCUGUGCUAAUAAGCUGUGCUCCAGCAAGCUUCAGGGCUUUGUAGGUCAUAUACCUACAGGUAUAUACUUGGUCUCAUCUGGUGAGAUGCAGGUACACAGCAUUUCUCUGGAUCAGAUCUCUGCUAUGCUACAAGGAGGCCACGUGAAGAACAUCAUUCCUUGCAGUGCCUUGUCCCUCCUGUAGUAAAUCUUCAUCCACCAAGUACCAGCCCUAUUAGUAACCAGACCACACACACAUUUCAUUAAAAAGGUUUGUAAGACAGUUCAGCUCCAUCACUCAUUCACUAUCAGCAAGUGAAAAAGUCCUAAGACUUUUUAGUUGUGGCUAUGUUUAGUUCUGCCUUAACUGAAGUAUUGCUGGGUAUUCACUGGAAAACAGCUUCAAAGGGCAAGGGGGGAGGUGGGUUUUGUGCUUUAAAAUUGAGUAACAUUCUUUUAAAACACAACAGUACAUGACACGCGAGCAAGAAACAUACAACGUCUCUUUGGUAACAUCCUGAUUACCGUGGGAGAUCCUAAGGAAGGGUGAUCUGCCUUACCCAGACCCCUUUCUUGUGUCUCAGAACUGUUCUUACUGUUUGUUAACCAGAUGAAUUCCUAUAGCCUUCUGCUGGUUUCAGCCACUUUCUACCCUCCACUUGUGGUUUUUAUUACAGGUUCUUUGGAAGUAGUGCAAUUAGUGAUGGGUUGAUAGCAGGCACUGAUCUACAACAUAGCCUGAGGAGUCAUUCCUGUAGGAAAUGUCUGGGCCUAUGGUUAUUAUUAUUAUAUAGGAGCUGAAUGUCAUCUAAGAGAAGUUGUGGGGAGUUCACUCUUUAGUUUGUGCCAACUGCAGGACAUGGCUUCUCUCUCCGGGCUGUUCUGCAUACAGUAGUUAUGGGGCAUGGGGAGGGCAUAAAGAUGUAUUUUAGUAAAGGAAUACAAAACAUCCAGCAUUCAAGCAUCAGGAUUUGGUGAUCAUUCACCAGACAAUUUUUAAUGCCAAGUCUUUGCAACUUUCUCUCUGUGGCGAGGAAAUGAGAAUUUACCCACCUUUAACAGGUUGACUGCUGAUCCCUGAGGGGUUAGUUGUUCUCAUAGGACUAUACGGUAAAUAGCCCUAUUUAUUAGUCUUUUUUUUUUUUUUUUUUUUUUUGGUAACGUUAGCACAGAAACAAGACUGCAGUAUGAAGGGCUAUCUUAGCAACACAUUUGAGAUAAGGAAUAACAUCAAAACCCUCCAAACCAAGUUUUUCCUUCCAUGAUUUUGGAAAGUACAGAAAAUAUUACAUUCGAAAGCUACACAGAUACAGGAUGCUGUAUUCAAACUGCUGCUCUUAUAGCAGGACACUGUUGAAUUUGUAUAAUUUUCUCAUGUAGCUUUAUUUAUAAUAAAGGUGGUCUUUACAAAAUCUAAA